AUGUCACAGCCAAUAUCGGUUGAUGUCCUAUCCGAUUCCGAUUCCGAUUCCGGCGGUUAUCGCCGGCUGUCUCUCCAAAGCGAUGCCAUCGACCUCACCACGCCUCCGCUCUCGGUUCCUCAAUCCAAAAAGAAACAAAAAACAGAGAAUUUGUCAAACUCCACAGUCUUCAUCAUCGACGACGAUCCCACGCCGUUUAAGCCGCUGCCAACGUCUUUAGCAGGCCCGACAUUCUCCUCCACUCCUUCUUCCGUCCCUGAAACCUCCUUCUCCGGUGCCUCAAUCGUCAAAUGCUCCAAAGGAAAAUUGUUGUCUUCCGGAAUCAAUGGAUUGAUAUGUGUGGAGUCAGAUGACGAGUCAGAAAAUGUUGGUAGAUUUGAAGCUUGGAAAAAUAAUGAAACAAUUUUUGCUGCAGAGUUGGUGAAUGAAUCAGAAUUUGACUCUGGAUUAGUUUCAUCCUCAUUCCCACUUGGUUCUUCCAUUGAACUACAUAAGAAGUUCUCAAUGGAGAGUGCUGACAUGAUGCAAAUGCCUGAAAGCAAUCACCAUCGAAGUUCACUGGAAGAUGACAUAUCUACGGCACGUUGCUACCAUGACGACAGAACUGAUAUUUUAGAGCCCAUUCAAGUUUUGAGACGAAGUGGGAAAAGUGGAGACAAGCCAAAGAAGAAAACUGAAGCAGAGGAUGGAACUAAAAAGGCGAAAAUGUCAAAGGAGGAGAGACUUCUUUUGAUGGAGGAAAAGAGACAGCAGAAAGAACAAGAGAAGUUGCUAAAGGCUGUUUCUAAGGCGGAAGCUGUGAAGAUGAAAAAACAUCAGAAAGAAAUGCAGAAGUGGGAAAAGGGGAAGUAUGCCCUAAAAUCUAUUGUGGCCAAAAUUGACACAAAAGUAGUUGAACUGGGUUCUAUUGGAGGACAUUUGCUCACAAGGUUUGCAGAAAAGGGUCUUUCAUACCGAAUAACAUCAAAUCCAGUAGAGAGAUCCAUCAUAUGGACUAUGGCUAUUCCAGAAGAAAUGACACAACUAGUUUCAUCUGAAGAGAUUGAACUUUCUUAUGUGUUAAUUAUUUACGAGGCUGAAGAUUUCUGUAAACUUGUCUUGAAUGAAUCUCUAAUGGGUCAAAUUCGGAGCAUUCAACACCGUUAUCCACAUCAUACUAUAUGUUAUCUCACAAAUAGGCUUAUGGCUUACAUCGAUAAAAGGGAAAAAGGGCAGCACAAGAAUCCUACCAACUACAAUGGGUGGAAGCGCCCACCAAUAGAGGAGGUCAUGUCAAAAUUGACAACUCAUUUUUCCGAAGUACAUUCAAGGCAGUGCACUGAUGAAGCUGAACUAGCUGAACAUGUAGUUGGUUUGACUUGCAGUCUUGCUUCUUGUCAAUUUAGGAAAAGGUUAACUCGAUUGUCAGUUGAUGCAAAUGGAUCCCUUAUCCCUAAAGACUGUGUUGACAAGAAUCUAAUAAAGAAGAGCACGUGGCUGAAAGCACUGGUAGCUAUCCCAAAGGUACAGCCACGAUUUGCUAUUGCCAUUUGGAAGAAAUAUCCCACAAUGAAAUCUCUUUUGAGUGUUUACAUGGAUCCUAAUAAAUCGGUGCAUGAGAAAGAAUUUCUACUGGAGGAUUUGACGAUAGAGGGCUUUUUUGGUGGUGAUAGAAGAUUAGGCAAUAUUUGUUCUAAGAGAGUGUACAGAAUACUAAUGGCUCAAUGUGGGAACAUUAAAACGGAUGAUAUUGAGAGUGGAGCUGAUUUCUUUAGCCAUCAGUCUUAG